UCUCCAGGCCCCCCGCGCCCGGCCGCCGCCCCCGGGGGCCAGGCACCUGUUCGGCCGGCCUGGCGUGGUCGCCGGGGCCAGGAUGAAGGUGACCGUGUGCUUCGGCAGGACGGGCAUCGUGGUGCCCUGCAAGGAGGGCCAGCUGCGCGUCCGGGAGCUCACGCAGCAGGCGCUGCAGCGCUACCUGAGGACCCGGGAGAAGGACCCUGGCUACUGGGUGAAGAUCCAUCACCUAGAAUACACAGAUGGAGGAAUCCUGGAUCCAGAUGAUGUCUUGGCAGAUGUCGUUGAAGACAAAGAUAAGCUGGUUGCUGUGUUUGACGAACAAGAACCACUCCACAAGACUGAGAGCCCCAGCGGAAACCCUGCCGGUCGGCAGAGCCCAGAUGCUUUUGAGACGGAAGUGGCUGCCCAGUUGGCUGCGUUUAAACCAAUUGGUGGGGAAAUUGAAGUAACCCCUUCUGCUCUGAAAUUAGGCACUCCACUGUUGGUGAGGAGAAGCAGUGACCCGGCACCAGGCCCACCUGCUGAUGCCCAGCCAAGCACUUCCCAGCCCAAUGGCCAGAGUCAGAAACCUGUUAUUCCAGAUUCCACACAGAACUUAGAAGAUGGAGAAGGUAUGAAUGGUGUACAGACAGAACUACUGACAUCGCCAAAAACUAAGGAUGCAUUGAGUGAUAUGACAAGAACAGUGGAGAUUUCUGGGGAAGGAGGCCCCUUGGGAAUACAUGUAGUCCCCUUCUUUUCAUCUCUGAGCGGAAGGAUUCUAGGACUCUUCAUCCGUGGCAUUGAAGAAAACAGCAGGUCCAAGCGGGAAGGACUGUUUCAUGAAAAUGAAUGUAUUGUAAAAAUCAACAAUGUGGACCUCGUAGACAAAACCUUUGCUCAGGCUCAGGAUGUCUUCCGUCAGGCGAUGAAAUCGCCAAGUGUGUUCCUCCGCGUGCUUCCACCUCCAAACCGGGAACAGUAUGAAAAAUCCGUCAUUGGACCUCUCAACAUUUUUGGUAAUAAUGAUGGCGUUUUGAGGACAAAGCUGCCACCUCCUGUCCAUGGGAAAUCAGGAAUAAAGACAGUAAAUCUCACAGGAGCAAGCAGUCCUGAGGAAGAUGCUUCGACUUCCCUGCAACAAAGCCAGAGCCCUCGAGUGCCAAGACUUGGGAGAAACACAUCCUCGCCCUCACUCUCCCCUCUCCUGGGGUUUGGCAGCAAGAAAAAUGCAAAGAAAAUUAAGAUUGACCUAAAGAAAGGCCCUGAAGGACUUGGUUUCACUGUUGUUACCAGAGACUCUUCCAUACAUGGUCCUGGUCCAAUUUUUGUAAAAAACAUUUUACCAAAGGGAGCAGCAAUAAAAGAUGGCCGCCUACAAUCAGGGGACAGAAUUUUGGAGGUUAAUGGCAGAGAUGUCACCGGACGAACUCAGGAAGAGCUUGUGGCCAUGCUGAGGAGCACCAAGCAGGGAGAGACAGCAUCACUUGUCAUCGCUCGCCAAGAAGGAGCUUUUCUGCCCCGAGAGCUGAAAGGAGAACCUGACUGCUACGCGCUCUCCCUGGAAACAACUGAACAGCUCACCUUCGAGAUCCCCCUGAAUGACUCAGGUUCUGCUGGCCUCGGAGUGAGCUUGAAAGGGAACAAAUCUCGAGAAACUGGAACAGACUUGGGGAUUUUUAUCAAAUCCGUCAUCCAUGGAGGUGCUGCUUUUAAGGAUGGUCGUCUGCGGGUGAAUGACCAGCUGAUUGCCGUGAACGGGGAGUCUCUGUUGGGAAAGUCCAACCACGAAGCUAUGGAGACACUCAGGCGAUCCAUGUCCAUGGAAGGAAACAUCCGAGGGAUGAUCCAGUUGGUGAUCCUGAGGAGGCCAGAGAGACCAGUGGAGGAGCCUGCAGAAUGUGGGGCACUUUCUAAGCCGUGCUUUGAGAACUGUCAAAAUGCUGCACCCACCUCCAGGAGAAAUGACAAUAGUGUGUUGCAUCCAUUUGGCACUUACAGUCCCCAAGACAGACAGAAAGAGCUGUCGCUUCCUGGUGACGGAUGGGCCGAGAGCGAAGUACCCCCUUCCCCACCGCCACAUCCCGUUCUGGAAUUGGGGCUUGAAGAUUACAGCCACAGCGCUGGAGUGGAUUUGGCGGUAUGUUUUCCAGAUCAGCACAUCAACUUCAGAUCUGUGACACCGGCCGGGCAGCCUGAAUCAAUGAAUCUGAAAGCCUCAAAGAGCAUGGACCUUGUGCCAGAUGAAAGCAAAGUCCAUUCAUUGGCUGGACACAAAUCGGAAUCUCCAAGCAAAGAUUUCGGUCCCACCCUGGGUUUGAAGAAGUCCAGUUCCUUGGAGAGCCUGCAGACGGCGGUUGCUGAGGUCCGGAAGAAUGAACUUCCCUUCCACAGGCCCCGGCCGCACAUGGUUCGCGGCCGCGGCUGCAAUGAGAGCUUCCGAGCGGCCAUUGACAAGUCUUACGACGGGCCCGAAGACUUAGAAGCCGACGGUCUGUCUGAUAAGAGCUCUCACUCCGGCCAAGGAGCUCUGAAUUGUGAAUCUGCCCCUCAGGGGAACUCGGAGCUAGAAAACGUGGAUCAUAAAGCCAGGAAAGUCAAGAAGCGGAAGGAGAAGGAGAAGAAGAAGGAAAAGGGCAAAUCGAAAGUCAAAGAGAAAAAGCAGAAAGAGGACAAUGAAGAUCCAGAAAGGAAAAUGAAGAGGAAGGGAUUUGGCGCCAUGCUGAGAUUUGGAAAGAAGAAAGAGGAUAAGGGUGGGAAGGUGGAACAGAAACACCCUCUGCAGCACAAGCACGGUGGCCUGAGAGAGGAGGAGCUGGAAACAAUGAGGGAGGAACGUGCAAGGAUUGGAGCAAAACAUCAGGAAUUAAGAGAAAAGCAGGCAAGAGGUCUUGUUGAUUAUGCUACUGGUGCGAUUGGAUCACUGCAUGAUAUGGACGAUGAUGAAAUGGACCCCAAUUACGCCAGGGUGAACCACUUCCGGGAACCAUGUGCAUCAGCAACGGUCUAUAGGUCUCCAUCUCCCCCACGGACUGGACCACUGGCUUACCCUCGGGAUGGCCGUCCACUGUCUCCAGAGAGAGACCACUUAGAGGGUCUCUAUGCCAAAGUCAACAAGCCUUACCAUCCACCCAUGCCAGCUGACAGUGGCCGUCCUGCAAGUGGAAGCGCUGACCGCAUCCAGAAGCUGCGGAAGGAGUACUAUCAGGCUCGGAGGGAAGGUUUUGCUUUGUAUGAGGACGACGAAGGAAGAGCGCGGCCGUCUGAUUAUGACCUUCACUGGGUGUCUGGAAAGGGUCCAGAUGGGAGUGCACACAACCUCCGCUAUGAGGGGAUGGAGAGACAGUACGCAUCCUUACCCAGGGGAGGACCAGCCGAUCCUGUUGACUAUCUGACAGCAGCACCUCUCGGGCUCUACAAGGAAAGGGAGCUUCCGUAUUACCCAGGGGCUCACCCUGUGCAUCCUCCCAAAGGGAGCUAUCCCCGCCCCCCGGAUGUGAGGGUCGCAGAUCUCCGGUAUCCUCAGUACUACCCGCCCCCGCCAGCCCCCCAGCACAAAGGACCCUUCCGACAGGAUGUGCCACCUUCCCCUCCUCAGCACCACAGAGUGCCAACCUACCAGGAAGUGGGCAGACCCGGGCCCCGAGGGGGCAGCCCCGACCAGUACCCCUACCGCACCCAGGAUCCCCGGCAGAAGGACCCGAUGACUGCAGCCGUGUAGCUGAACACCCCGAGCUCGGCGCAGCCCAGAAAGGAAGAUGGCUUCCAUCACCGUUGCCCUUCCUAGACCUCAAGGCCUUCUUCCUGUUAAGAAUUGUCCAUGGUACAGAUGAGGUUUUUCUCACUGAGGUUUCAACACUUGACUGCUAAUUGGAGGGAAAAGGAAGGGACAGGAGUUUGGGGGCGAAUAUCAGGAGGAAGGGGAAGGAUGGGGCCAUAAAAACAAUACUGCCUGAUAUUUGAAAUACUUUUAGCAUUGUUCCGUUCAGUGAGAGUGGUCAUUGCACAGGCAAAUAACAGUGGAGAUAUUCCACGUGGUGCCUCCCUGGCUGGGUAACCUGCGUGCGCACACGCGCCCUGUAGAAUUGGCAGCACGGAGGCCGUCUCUGCCCAGAUCAUCAUCCAUUCGGAGGCUGAGCUUCAGCCACCACAGUAGAGUCAUUGAGUCGAUGGGCAUUUUAAGUGAGCAGGUUUUUCUUUGAAAAAACAAACAAACACAACAAACGUGACUAGUGAUCUUGAAAUGCUUUAUACCUGGAGGAAGACGGCAUCUCUUUAUCUGAAGAAUUUCUCAGGUUCCCGGUACCACUCGCUUGGUAUAAGCAUCUCACAUUUCCUCACUUUUUAUAUAAAAGUAAGGUGCAAAUGCAGUAUUAGUGCCCUGGGAGAAUGUGCAAAGCAAGUUGGAGCUUCCAGAAGGAGUAUAUUCCU